AUGAGCGCAACUGCGAACGCGGCUGGCGGGUCAUCCCCAUCGAACGUCGCGAGCUAUAAGAUUGUUGACAGCACGCUGCGGGAAGCCGACCAAUGGGCAACGAACCCCCUCUCCCGAGACACCAAAGUGGCCAUUGCGAAGGCCCUGGACUCGUUCGCCGUUGACUACAUCGAGAUCACGAACCCCUCCUCAAGCGAACAGGCACUCGAGGACUCCAAGGCUAUCGCUGCUUUGGGCCUGAAGGCCAAGCUCCAUGCCCACGUGCGCAAUCUGGAUGACGCCAAGAAAGCUGCAAGUGUCGAGGCUGGUGUCGGAAGUGUUGGCCUUGUAGUUGGAGCAUCUAGCUUUUCCUCCGACGUCUCCCACGAGAAGAGCAUGGAAAAGAUCCAGGAAUCUGCUGUGGAGGUGAUUUCAUACCUAAAGAGCCAAAACGUAGAGACACAGUUCUCAUUCGAGGACACCUUCCGCUCCGAUCUCGUCGAUCUACUCAGCCUCUACCAAGCUGUUAAGGAGGCUGGCGCAGACCGGGUUGGAAUCAACGACAUUAUUGGCGGAACUACCCCUCGUUUAGUAGACGAAAAUGGCGACAUCGAGUGCCGCUUCCACGAUGAGACAGGUUGUGCAGUUGGAAAUGCCGUGACAGCCCUGGAGGCCGGUGCGAACCACAUUGAUACCACCGUCCUGGGAAUUGGCGAGCGUAAUGGUCUUGUUCCCCUGGGAGCUUUUUCUGCCCGUAUGCUCGUCGCCGCACCUGAGUACACCAAGGGCAAGUACAAUCUGAAAGAGCUCAAGGCACUUGAAACCGUCGUUUCCGAAGCGGUCAACAUCAAUGUUCCGUACAACAACCCGGUAACUGGAUUUUCCGCUUUCACUCACAAAGCGGGCAUCCAUGCCAAGGCCAUUCUCAACAACCCUUCAACCUACGAAGUCUUCGACCCGGCGGAGUACGGUAUCUCCCGCAAUGUAGCCAUUAACAGUCGCGUAACUGGUUGGAAUGCCGUACGCAGCCGAGUCGACCAGCUUGGUUUGGUAAUGACUGAUGAUGAGGUCAAGGCAGUCACCGCCAAGAUCAAGCAAACGGCCGAUACGCGCCCUCUCACUAUUGAAGACACAGAUAACAUUCUUCACGCAUUCCACGCCGAGCUGAAGAAAGCUUAG